AUGGACGACUUUACAGAGCGCAUGUUGGAAAGGACACAAAGGCGUCAAGAGUUACUUGCAUCCACUUUGUCCCAGGUAUCUCAACCAGUGCUCCCGCCUUCAUCAUCGAUGAUGGAAACCUCACCAAUAAUUCAGCAAUCACUUUCACCACCUUCACGUCGUCAGCGACGCACACGCCUUGCUGAACUUGCAAGCCAAGUAGAUCAAUGGUUGUCAGAUGAUCAGAACUUUAAACAAAGUGAAAAUAUUUCCAAUCACACGAAGACAAUACAAAUUAAUGACAGCCAAAAUGAAUCAAAAAAAUUAACAAUUUCGUCUCCAAAAUAUGCUAUUACAAAAGAUAUAAUUGAGACUAAUGAAAAUAAAUCAGCUACUAUACAGCAACCAAAACAAAAGCAGGAUAAUAAUAAACUGAAGCAAUUUCGCCAAUUGCAGCAGUCAGAUGAUCGACCUUUGCCUCAAAAACAUUCACCAAAUCUCACAGCUACUACUUUGACAGUUGCACAACGUCGAGCUUUAUUUGAGCCAAACAAUGCUACUCAACAGCAGAGUAAAAAACCAAUUACCACUACUACCGUCACCAUAUCUCUGACUAAAACUACUCCUGCCGCUGUUAUUACUAAAACCUCGACAACUGCUACCAAUGAAGCAACUGAAGAAUCUGUAGUAGACGUAAUUAAAACACCACCACGUCCUAUUCCUUGUAGUGCAUCUACCCCACCUUCAAGACGUGGCACUAGACCUAGAAUGAGCCAUGGUGCUGCUGCAGCCUCAAACAAUUUGACUGAACAGCAACGAUCCAUAUGGACUCCCCCGUGUAUAAAAAAUGUGCUUCUAAAAAAGAAAUUGAUCAAUGAACUGGAAGAUGGGGAACAAAUGACCGAUAAUUGCCCAAAAGAUAAAGUUGGAAUGAGAAGUCCUUUUGAUAAGUUUAAUCCAGAUUGUAUAAAAUACAAGCCGGCUUCACCAUCUGCCAACUUGUAUCCGGACCUAUCUUUGAUAGCAGAUGAUGAUCAUGAUAUCAAACCUUUGAUGACUCCAUUGGAAAUCCAAUCUAUGGCAUGCAAGAGACGCAGCAAUGGAAGCAGCGCUUUAAAUACUUCUACUGCAUCUUCUGAAUCUGUACCUGAAGACUGCGAUAAUGCUGAAAUUUUGGGUGCUAAACGCUAUCGGAGCCAACAAAAAGAAAAAAAUCCAGAGACAAUUGACGUAGCUGCACUUCUAGAGGAAACUUCGCCAUCUACGCCUGUCACAGGGAUUAAUACCACCCCUGGUGGCGGCCACUGCUCUAUGCUGUCAAGCCAUGCAGGUAGUCCGCUGUCUCAGGCUUGUUCCAGUUUUAUAUUCCAUCGUGGCAAUGAAAGUCUCUGUGGUAACAAAAGUUUUUCUACCUCAAUGGAGCAAAGACAAGGGUUAGAAGAUCAGCAAUUCAAUGCACAGGCCAAUCAAUUGCCUGAGUCACGGCUCAUUGAUAAAUACUUCGAGUUUGUGAAUUCCGAUGGAGAAGAGGAAGCAGCGGAACUUAUUCCCAAUAAUGUCCAAUCGCCUAAUCAGUCUGGUCCUCGUGGUCGACUUCAGUUUGACAACGGCAAACAUAUUGUUGACAAUUUUGAACCUGACAAACAUAACAGUAGCAGCAGCAGCAACAGCAGCAGUAGUAGCAAAAAUAUGAAGCCAGCACUUUUACACACAGUUAGCACGUAUCGUAAACAACAGCAACAACUCAGAUUAAAUGGCAUAAAUUCUUCUAGCAAGCAACAAAUGAGAAUUCCAGAACGAGUAAAUGAAGAACAGGAUGAUGAUACUGACGAAGAAGAAAUGUACUUGCAAGAGCUGGAUAAAGUAGCGCAACGAGCUAGAGACUUGGAACGGACUGUGGUGCCAGAGCAAGACCGCAUUAUUGAACAAGCUACCCAAGCUUUGAAUAUUUGCGAUGUAUACAGGCAAAAAAAUACCCUUCGCCCAGUGAUUUCUCAUCAAUUUUCACCUGAGCAUGUGCACGCUGAACGACUUUUAUUGAUUGCAGGUUUGAGACGAACAGAUGCAGUUCGUGAGGCGCAACGCCUUCGUGUUGAACAAACAUUGUUACCAGGCGGUAUUAUGGGCCAAAGGUCUACUUACUUAAACACUCACGGUGAUGGAAAGACUCUUGUUAUUCAGAGUCUGCGCGUUCCUAUAUUAUCAUCUGUGAAUAGUGGUGGAAACCACAAUAAGAUUAAACAUAAUUCAAGUGAGAGAUUAGAAAACCUUACCAGAUGGCCAGGGGGAUAUAGGUAUUUUGUGUGUGCUAUCCGAGCAGUAGCUACGGUUCACCGGCCUCCAGUGACUGCUGCUUCCCGACCGGCUGAUGCAGUUGAAGAAUCAGUGCUCCGAUUUUCCAAUGAUUCUACCACCUGUCGUAGCAAGGAUGAAAUAAAUUAUGGAUAUGUUGAAUUUAUCACUAAAAAAAGAAUCAAAAACUCUGGUAGCCGAAAGUGUGCAGGUCCAACCGAAUCAGAGGGUGCUCCUAUUAUGAUCCAUGGGUUGGAUGACAGAGGAUGGAAAAUCACUGUUGAGCUAUAUGGUGUAUCACCAACAGGUACUGGGGAGAAUGACCACCACAAUGGUGGUAAUAAUGUUAAGGAACACGAUGUCCACGAAAAUAGGAGUGUAUUGGACAAGUUAUGGUCUACAGUCACUACCCCGAGUAAGGAAGCUAAAAAACACCAUGGCUCAACAGCAACGACAUGUAUUGAAUCACCAGGUGGACCAAUGGCUGUGCGUAACACAGUGUUUCGACAACUUGGUUACUUUGUCUUUUCUGACGGUCAGGUGGACCGCAAGCAGUUUACUUUGAAUAAGGUGCAUCAAUCUGGUGGUGUUCCAAGCAGUUCAAGAGUUACUACAAAUGCUGUUGCAGAAGAAACGGUGCGCGUCCACAUGUGCCUACUGGAAGAAGGAGAGCAAUAUGAAGAUGAUUCAGGUGCAAAUAAUUUGGAAAACAAAUCUUUGGAAUCAAAUACAUAUACUGCCAGUGGCAGUAAAGCAGCUUGUGCACAAAAACCACUGAAAUUUCCGUCUGAGUGCAAACGUUUGGAAGGAUUUUUAACACUUUUUGAUGAUCAUGAGUUGCGUUCACACAAUUUUGUACGGGAGUCUCAGUGGCAACGUCGUACGAACAUUGGUGAUUGCACAAAAGGUGGCACGACUUCAUGGCGUCGUCUUUGGUUUCGGGCUGAAAUAAUUGACAUAAAUCAAGAAAAGUCUAUAAAUACCAGUGACAAAUCACAAGAACAGCAAAACAACAUCAAUUUAAAGCAGCGAACCAUGGUGUUACGCUAUUGGAUGUACCCAGAGCAUGCUGAACAAGAGCGAGAGCCAUUGGGUAGCAUUGACUUGAACUGUUGUUUGCCGCCACCGCCACCUGAAGAGGAAAUUACAACUGCUGCCUUAGGUGAGCAGCAGAAACAUAAGCAGAAUCCAAUCCCUGCAGCUCCGGCUCUUCCAGACCUAUGCACCCGACCAAAUACUCUGCGUUUGAUUUUGUAUAAUGUUGGUGCUGCAUGUGAUAACUUGAAUGAUGGAAAUAACAGCGAUGACAAAACUCAUGAAGUGCUGCUGUUGGCUGCUGACACAGCAGAUGAACGGCGUGAGUGGUGUGAAACGGUUAAUGCAGCAGUGAGUGCUAUAAGUGAGCACCGUGAACAGAUCAGGUUAGCUUUGGCUUCUCAAUUGAAGAAAAAACAAUAUAAUAAUGAAAAGGAACAACAACAACUCCGAAACCAAGUUGAACAACGUACUGGUGCUUGGCCUACUACACCCGGUGGUACUCGCCAAUAUAGCAGUAAAAAAAAGAAGUUCUACAAAUAA